AUGUACCUUAUGGCAAAAUUUGUAUUUCCUUUUUUGGUGCUUAUGCUACUAAUGGAAAAGAUUACUUCUCUAGUGGAGUUUACCAACUUGAAGUGUGACACUGUCAACAAGGAUAUAGCUGAAUUCGAAUAUUGCACUUUGAAGUCGAUAAAUCGAACCUACAAAUACGCAACGGCUAAGAUAAAGCUGCAUCAAAUUCCAAUUACCAGAGCAAAGGUUAAUUUCGGAUUGUACAAACGUCUUAAUGGCUAUAAGCCUUUCUUGUACAAUCAAACCAUAAAUGCUUGCACUUUCUUUAAGAACCAGAGGGCCAGUCCAGUUGCCAAGUAUUUUUACGACAUUAUCAAGGGAGUUUCGAACCUCAACCAUUCCUGUCCAUAUAAUCACGAUAUUAUAAUUGAUAAACUAUCCACUGAAAUCAUCAAUUACCAUUCUACACAAGUUUUGGCUUACCCGGAAGGAAAUUACAUGUUAGAGUCUCAUUGGAUACUCAAUGACAACCCAGCCAUAAUAGUCCAGGUGUACCUGUCUCUUUCUUAA